AUGACGCGCGCGCAACAGACCCUCUCCGUUCUCCUCCUCGUCUCCUCCCUUUAUCUCAGUCUCUACCUUGGACUUGUCCCCCUCAACGAGACUAUCCAGACUGAAAUCAUCCCCGUGCUCCCAUUCUGGGCAAUCAUCUGCUUCGGAUGUUACCUCCUUUCCCGUCUCGGUCUUGCUAUCUUCACUUUUAACGACGUCCCUGAGGCCCACGCGGAGCUGCAGAAGGAGAUUGAGCAGGCUAAGAUCGAACUGCGCCAGGGCAAGAUCGAUGUCGACUAA